AUGGAUAAUCCUCUAACUCCUAAUAAAAUUCAACGGCUGAUGCACUUGGCUGAAGAUAAAUCUUUCCAUUUGGCUCGACGCGGUCUGCCUGUGAAAGACGAAACUCCCAGUGUUAAACAAGAUAAAAAUAAAGCUACUCCAAAUAAAACGGGUACUAAUUAUGAGGCUUCGUCGGGAAUACUAGACUUGGAGCAGAUAGAAGUUUUCGGUGAAUCUGGUCUGGGAAAUAUGUCAUUUAGUAAAUCAAAUGUCUUCAACCCUGGCGAACUAACCGGUAGAUCUACAGGAGCAGAAGAUGAGAAUAUAAAAGCUGCCACUCGGGAAUUUGAAGAGUAUGGCAGACACUCGGUCGCUAUAGACAGUAUUACAAGCCACAUGGACAAACAGACGUCUGAAAUAAAUGAUAUCAUGAGACACUCAAUUGCAACUAACUAUUCAUUUCAUUCAAAGAGAGAUCUCACAGCUGAUGAAGCUUCCCUGGUGAUGCGUGAAGCUCCAUUGCCGAUACAACACAGCACACAGCUUAACUUCCAUGAGAGUAUGCUUAUGGGUAAUACAAAUAUGUCAGUUGGUGCGUAUUUCAAGAAUCGUUGUCCUGAUUUUGGAAAAAUCCUUACUAAUGUUGAUAGUCCAGAUAGACCGAGCAUCACAGAAGUGUCAUCAGCGCCUACAGACGUUAGUCAUAGCGUUCACAACAACACGUACAAAAUGGACCACACAUUAGACUGCGUUCCCGUGAAGCAACCAAGAGCUAAAACAGAAAAAAUACCACAUAGAGCUCUCGUUACGAAUCUAUUCCCUAAGAAUGAAGCUAACUUCAUACAAACAAACACACAUUUAGAUAUAUCCAACAUAAAACAAGAUAAAAGUGUCAAGACAAGUACGGCGAAAGGAAAUACAUCGAUCAGCCAAAAGUCGUUCGAAUCUUCGAAACCUACGGACGUGUUGUUGAGGAAUCUGCAGACUUCAUUGAGAAUGGUCACCGAGGAUACGGAAUGUUCCACGGAGAAUUCAUUGAGCAUAUCAAAAAUAGCUGAUUAUUUGGGUAAGCAAUCGAAUGUGAGCGUCACAGAUAUACUGCAGCUGAACAAGCGCCCCAACACGAAACCCUUGGCAGAGCUGCCCGUGAAGAAUUUAGAAACUAAACCGGAUAAUAAGACGAACAUACAAGAUGUGUACGUGACUCAGUUGAAAGAUACCAAAGGCAUUGAUGUAGCGAGCUCAUCCGGUACAGUCAAUACAGUGAUCUCUUUGGAGAAACUGAAAAUUUGUGAUGAGAAGGUGGUGCCCUCUGUGGUGAUUACAAGACACUCGCUGGAGCCUCACGCGGAGAAUGAUGUCAAAUACAAUAGAAUAGAAAGAUCUAACUCACCGUCAAGCAAAAGUUGGUCUACACUCAGUACGGUGCAGGAAAAUGUUGCGAGUUUUAAAUCUGAUAGUCCAAUGAAAUUGGGUAAAGGCGAGAGUAGUCCGCACAUGCCCUCACCGAACGUAGUGUAUAAAGAAUUAGAUGAGUCGGUAGAUUGGAGGGAUGUGUUGGAAUAUAAAUACAGACAGCAACUGUUGGCUAAAGAGAAAUGGGCUGAUAUAUCAGUGGCACCGGUUCAAGGGUUCGUUGGUGUUGUAAUGCCAGUUACGAUAACCGUGACAACCCUAACUGAUAGCUGGUUGACAGCCAAAUUCGAAUUCGACAACCUCGAGGACAUCGAGAAAUAUCUAACAGUAGAGCUGCCGAGGUUGCCCUUACUACUAUCUCCCGGGAAAACUGAGAAAUUCACAUUACAUAUAACAUCUAACAUAGAAUUAGAGAGACAAUUAUCGUUCACUAUGUAUCUAAAAGACGCCUCAUUAGACGGAGAUAUAAAACAGAAUGGAUGUAUAGACAUACACAUGAAGAUGCCCGUCAUACAAGCUAUAUCAUGCGACGGGGUCAAUAAACUUACAUUCCCAAUCAUGCAAGAGAAUACAAUUCUGACGAAAUAUUUCGUCCUUAUAAGCGAUUGUCCGGUUGAUUUGCAACUCGAGUUAGUUGUGGCGGAAGGGGAUAGCUUGUUUGUUAUAAAGUCAUUGCAGGAAAUCAAAAAGAAUGAUGUUAGUAGGGCUCUGAUGGAACGACAGGCGUCCGAGGAGUCUAAAACGAAAGGAAAAGGAAAAAAUAAACAGCUGUGUAGAUUGAGCAGUGGAGACGCUAUUAAAGUAGCUGUAACCUGCAACUCGCCUAAACUAUCAGACUUAGAAAUAUCGGACAAAAUGGUGACAUUCAAAGGAGCGUUGAACGUGAAUUUGAUCGGUGUGAACACUUUGUUGAAGAAAGUGAGUCUCGUGGCGACUGUGGGCAGCGCGGAGCUAGUCAUACCGUGCAAUAAACUCACUCUUACUAACGAAGCAACAACCAUAACUUUACGAAACGACGGUGAGGUAACCGGAGUGUGGGCGAUCAAGUUCAGGGGUACUCCGACAGAGGGCUGCUUCCCUUUCAAAGUAUCUUCAACUAGAAUCGAAAUAAACGCUAAAAGUUCCAAAGACCUCAGCUUGAUGUACACUGGCUCUCUAGAUACAUAUAACGCGGGUGUUUUAAUAUUCGAAGACACGUCCAACGGCCGUAUAAGCACGAUAGAUAUAAACGGCGGCCAGGACAAAGUCAAAACGUUCCCCAUUAAGACGAACUACAACAAUUUAUCGUGGGUGAGGAGCGAAAGGAAGGAGAUCAGUCUGAAGAACACGAGCGACAAGAAGAUACAGAUAAGGUGUCAUUUAGUGGGCGAGGGGUUCAACAUAGACCUGCCCGGCGUGGAGGCGAGAGGCUCGUGUGUAUUAACGUUCAGUCCCAGUGAAUGUCGCCCGCUGCCUGUUGUAUUCUGUCCCAAGUCGAGCAAGCCGCACGUGGCCACCCUACACCUCGUGUAUCAAAAGAGCAGCGAAUUUACAAGGAAGAUCAAGCUACACGGCAGUAGUGGCGGCUCGUCGGUCCGCUGGAGCGCUCUCCUCACGUACGGGGACACGGCCCUGUCGCAGGCCUCCGCCCGCGCGCCCACCAGCCUGGCUCUGUACAACAAGGGCCACGCGCCGGCUUUCGUGUGCGCCACAAUAAACUUCAACCUUCAAUAUCGCUUCCUAUCGUCGGAGUGCCAGUUGUCGGGCUCCAAGUGCGUGGUCCGAGGUCGCAGUAAACACUCGCUCACACUCCGCCUGCCCUGGAACAAACUCGAGAGGCGAGCGAGGCCCGGGAGCGCGCUGGCUGACGUUCAUGUACUGGCGGGACCCGAAAUAAUACGACGGAGAAUACUCAGGAUACUAAAGAGUGAAUCAACGAACGGCGAGCCGGACUUGUCGUUGUUACCGGAUCAUUUACACAUUAUAACACACACCUUCGAAGGAGAGGAUCCUUCCGUCGACAAAUACUUGGAGAACUUCAGCGAAACUAAGGCGUCUCUGAACGAGCUCAUCGAGAGUCUGCAGGAGCUGAGCGCUAAGAUCGAUCUCCCUCAAGACUUGCCAGACGACGACACGAUCGUGAUCACAGACGACACCGUGCUCGAACACUACACACUGUGCGACUAG